AAGUUCUUUGCAUAUCAAGAAAUGGUUGAUAAUACUGGUGCUAGUGCUUCAAGUGAAGAUGGUGCCAUCAAGGAGCAAGACCGGUUGUUGCCGAUAGCCAACGUUGGUCGGAUCAUGAAGCAAAUUUUACCUCCUAAUGCAAAAAUCUCCAAAGAAGCUAAGGAAACUAUGCAAGAAUGCGUUUCGGAGUUCAUUAGCUUUGUCACCGGUGAAGCAUCGGACAAGAGUAGAAAGGAAAGGCGGAAGACUGUGAAUGGAGAUGAUGUUUGCUGGGCUAUGGGAGCUCUAGGUUUUGAUGACUAUGCAGAGCCCUUAAGAAGGUAUUUGCAAAGAUAUAGGGAGUUAGAAGGAGAUAGAGCUAAUCAAGAAAAGGCAGACAAUAGCAAUACCGAGGAAAAAGCUAGAGGAUUCGUCGUCGUAUAGAAAUUAAACAAAGGAAUCAGGAUGUUGUCCCACCAGCAGCUCCAUUCAAGUUUGAUGACAAGAGGAAUAGCUCCUGUUCAAGGCCAUUCUAAUUGGGAUUGAGGGGAAGGGAUUAGACUAGAUUUACUGGUUUCUUUUAUUUUAUCUUUUCAUUUGGGCGUGUUUAUUUGUAUGACGAGAUUUAUA